AUGAGUCUCUUUGUCCAAGUUUGUACGCACAUAAUCCAUUAUACUAGAUGUAUUAUCAUUUUAAAUAUUCUUAGAUAGCGAGUUUUUUUAUCAUUUCAGAAUAUUACUGAUAUUUAUGAUUGGAAAUGUUUCAUUUUUUUAUCUCAAUCAAAAAUACUUUAAAUGGUAACUUGAGAUUAAAUCUACAACCUAAAAGCUGGUUAAUUACAUCUUUAUUUUGAUAUUUCUAAAAGGAAUGCUUGAUUUUAUCAGCUUGAAUAAAUCCAAUUGGAUACCUCAUUUAUUAGUAAUACUUUAUACUUUUUUAUAUUUAUUGCAUCUUAAUACUUAUUUAUUCAAAGUAAAAAGAUUUAUUUAACAUUAGUAAAACAAUACAGUAGUGUUUCAUAAUUAAUCACUUCUGUGUUUCACUAUAUGCAAACUAAAAUCCCUGUUUGUUAUUUAGGAUGUUUAUUAAAAUCUAGCCGAGACUCAUUUUGUAAUCCCAAGAAAGCUGAUGGAGACGGGAUUUGUUGGAAUAAUUGCUGCCUUAUUUUUAAGAGAUUACAUUUUUAGUCUUGGAACUCUGUUUAUUCUAGGAGGAUUCUUAAUGUUCUUAGUAUGGGAUACCUCGCUUGUGUCUACAGUAAUUAUUCUUUUAUAUUCUAAGUCAUCGAAGCUCACUUUAAAAGAUUAAUAUUAAGCAGCUAGUUUGUUCUUUUUAGAUAUUCUAAUGCCAAUCAGAAAUAUUUUCCUAGUACUUCUUGCUUGA